AUGAAAACGAUUGUAACCAUACUGCUCCUGUUCAUUGUGGCCAGUUACUGCCGCUCGAUCGAACCGUUCAAGGGUACGCGCACCUACAAUCUCGCCACGGAUGCGGAUCGGUACGAUCGGUACGAGCGAGUUCUGAUCGGUCUCCGGUCCUCCGAAGGUCUCAAACUCGAUCCAGCGGUCCUGCGGGAUGUACGGGACGUGCUGCUGCGUGAGGAAAACCAAUCGAAGGCCCCAACCGACCCCAACACGGUGGCCAUCCAUCUCGGUAAACCGAUGCAAUCGCGCCACAUCGCGGAGCUGCUGUACCGGCAGCGACCUCCAACGCCAUCAGUGCCAUCCGCCAGUGGUGCACUAAUGCACCGGGGUCAUCGUGCACAAUAA